AUGUACCCAGCCUUGAUCAAGCAUCAAAUUGUGAAGCCAUCGGCAUUUCACAUAACCAGACUCGCAAGAGCCUCGGUCUCUAACAAAACUCAUUCAAGUUCCAAGGGCAAUGAAGAAUUCUUCGUUACUACCACCUUUCCUGAUGAUUAUGAAUCGUCCCUUAACUCCGACAUCUUACAGGAACAGAGUCGGGCUAUGAAAAGCCAAACCACGCCUGACCAUUUCAAUGCUGCCGAUAUCGAGCAACACAAAGCUGAUAUUUACGAGAGUAUCGUCCCCCAGGAUUCAAAAGCAGCUAUGAAGAAAAAGAAUAAUCAGGAUUUGCCAGAGCAAGAGCCCAGUUUGGAUGAAAUGUAA